UUCUUCUCUCUCCUCUCUCAGCGCUCAGUCUCCGGUGGCGGGCAGGGGAGGCUUUAGAAAAAAACCUGCGACCAGUUUAAUCUCAGCAACGCGUUCCUUGGGGUGGCGAACCCGCAGGUCAAGCUGGUCUCACUGGGUGGGGUCACCUGGCCUUGGAACCCUCCUGGACUUCCGAGAACUUCUUUGCACUACUGCCCAGAGUUCGGACCAAGCGAACUUGAAGCUCUCCUUGGGAGUUCUCGGAAGUGCCAGGCAGGGUGUCGCGGAAACGGCGGCCGUCGUCAGAGCUCCCCAGGUCCCGUUGGAAGGAUUAAGGACCGCGAGGCAAAAGAACAGUGAGGGGCCUGGCCGUCCGUCGCCCUGCCCACCCUGGGCCACCGGAGCCCUUGAACCCGCCCCUCCUGAUCUAUCUCUAGGCGGGUUCCAGGAUCUCCGCACUCGGGAUCCAAAGGCGCGGCUGCGAGAGCUAUGGAUCGCAUGGCUGCGCUGGGCUGCGCGAGGCUGCGGUGGGCGCUGCUGGGGACGCGGGCGGCCAGUCUUGGCCUCGGCCCACACGCGGCCAGAACCAAGGCCUCGAUCCCCAGCGCCCUCCCGGCGGCCGAGGCAGCCGAGGCUUCCGGAACCGGGCCUGGCGACCGGAGGCUGCGGACCCCGGAGGAGCUUCCCGGACCAGGGCAGCUGCGCUUCUUAUUCCAGCUGUUAGUGCAAGGUUACGUUCUGCACCUGCAUCAGCUCCAGGUGCUGAGCAAGGCCAAGUAUGGUCCAAUGUGGAAAAGCCGCGUAGGGCCCAAGUCCCAUGUGAACCUGGCCAGUGCUCCACUCCUGGAGAAAGUGAUGCGGCAAGAGGGCAAGUACCCACUACGGAAUGACAUGGAUCUAUGGAAGGAGCACCGAGACCAGGAGGGCCUGGCGUACGGCCCCUUCACCAUGGAAGGACAGCGCUGGUACCAGCUGCGCCAGGUUCUGAACCAGCGGAUGCUGAAGCCAGCAGAGGCUGCGCUCUACACAGAUGCUCUAAAUGAGGUGAUUGACAGCUUCAUGACUAGACUGAAACAGCUGCGAGUGGAGAGUGCCUCUGGGGACCAGGUGCCCGACAUGGCUCAGUGUUUCUACUACUUUGCCUUGGAAGCUAUUUGCUACAUCCUGUUUGAGAAACGUAUUGGCUGCCUGGAGCCCUCCAUCCCCCAGGACACCGCAACCUUCGUCAGAUCUGUCGGGCUCAUGUUCCAGAACUCUCUGUAUGCCACCUUCCUCCCCAAGUGGACCCGCCCCGUGCUGCCCUUCUGGAAGCGAUACCUGGAUGGCUGGAACACCAUCUUCUCUUUUGGGAAGAAGCUAAUUGAUCAGAAACUCAAGGAGAUAGAGACCCAGCUACAGACAGGGGGUCCAGAUGGGGUCCAGAUAUCUGGCUACCUGCACUUCUUGCUGACCAGCGGACAGCUCAGUCCUAAUGAGGCCAUGGGCAGCCUCCCUGAGCUGCUCAUGGCUGGAGUAGACACGACAUCCAACACGCUGACGUGGGCCCUGUACCAUCUUUCUAAAAGCCCAGAGAUCCAGGCGGCCUUGCAUGAGGAAGUAGUGGGUGUGGUGCCAGCUGGGCAGGUGCCCCAGCACAAGGACUUUGCCCACAUGCCCCUACUCAAAGCUGUGCUUAAGGAGACCCUGCGUCUCUACCCUGUGGUCCCCAUCAACUCCCGGGUCAUUACGGAAAAGGAAAUUGAAGUUGGUGGUUUCCUCUUCCCCAAGAACACCCAGUUUGUGUUCUGCCACUAUGUGGUGUCCCGGGACCCUAGCGUCUUCCCUGAGCCAGAGAGCUUCCAGCCCCACCGCUGGCUGAAGAAGAGUCAGCCUGAUACCCUCGGGGUCCAACACCCAUUUGGCUCCGUGCCCUUUGGCUACGGCAUCCGGGCUUGCCUGGGCCGCAGGAUCGCAGAGCUGGAGAUGCAGCUGCUGCUGGCAAGGCUGAUCCAGCAGUACGAGGUGGCCCUGGCCCCUGAGACAGGGGAGGUGAAGAGUGUGGCCCGCAUUGUCCUGGUUCCUCAUAAGAAGGUGGGCCUGCGUUUCCUGGAGAGACAGGUCUGAGCUGGGCCCCUGCCAUCCUAGAGGCCUGGCCCUGGCGUAGUAAUUCCUGGCCACUGCUGUGUCUCAGAUGAGGAGGGCAAAAAGGCAGACCCCAGAUGCCAAAGGUUGGAAGAACUCCCUGUAUUUCCCAUAGAACCCUGAGCUUUUGCCACUUU